GCCGGCGCCGCGGCCCGUGAUGAGCAUGGCGGGCUCCGAUCAUGUUUCGCUGGCCUUCUCGGUGUCCGCGAGCUCGGCGACGACGCCUGGCUGCACCACCCCAUCGCGCCCCCGCAGCCCGCGCGCUGCGGCGGCGGACCUCCCGACGCCCCCGGAAG